UCGGGAGAUACGUCUGGCUUAAGCGGCUAUUCGCCGGUGCGAAUAGCAUCGGCCGAUUUGAUAGAACCCGCCCCCUUGCCUUGCCCUCCUCCUUCUUCGCCACUGGACAUUUUUAUUUUCUUUCAAAGAAGGAAAUAAAUCAAAAUGAUUUUGAAGGAAGUAGUGUAAUCGUAAAAAAAUUGAAAAGUGCUGGCUGAUAUCCUUCGUCCAAUAGUAUUUUGACAACCUUAUCUGCGUUUUUAUUAAGGGUUGAUUAGAUAAUCACUUGUUAUGAAACCUGUCUAAUCGUAAAGCUCAAAUUCUCUUUUCUAACAAAUGUGAAUAGAGGUUUACCGGCAAAUUGCUUCUUGAAAGAGCCUUGCAUUUCUAGAAUCAUGAGUCUUGUAAGUUUUCAGUUACCACGAGAAUAUGGAUAUGUCGUACUCAUUGGAGCUUCAUCUGUUUUUGUUGCAAUGUGGCAUGGAAUAAAAGUUUCACAGGCUCGCAAAAAAUUUGGAAUAAAAUAUCCCAUAAUGUACAGUGAUAGUAAUAAUGUUUUCAACUGUAUUCAGCGUGCACAUGGAAAUUUCCUUGAAAAUUAUCCUCAGUUUUUGUUUUUACUGGUGACCGGUGGCUUAUCAUAUCCAAAAUUAAGUGCUGGUGCUGGAAUUGUUUACCUGUUAGGAAGAAUUGUUUAUGCACUUGGCUAUUCAACUGGAGAUCCUCAAAAACGCAUGCGGGGCAUGUUUAUGCAUCUGGGUUUCCUUACUUUACUCUACACAACUGGAUAUUCUGCAGCAAAUCUCUUGGGCUGGAUAUAAAGCAUUAUAAUGACAACUAUAUUCACUUUUCUUAUUACAAACUAUUCAAAAGUGUAUAUUUUUGAAGCUAUACCAACAAAAAUUAUGAAACUUCUGAAAAUAAAAAAUGAUUCUUUUUGAA